AUGCAAUUAUAAACUCGAAACUCAAAUAGCUUAAUUGAAGAGCUACAGACUGAAAAGAAAUAAUCAGAAGAGACAAAACAAAUACUCAAAAUGAAGGUGCAAGACUUUCAUUAGAAAAUGUAAAAGGAGAGAAAUGAAAAAUUAUUUUAAAAAAAUAGGUAAAUAGUGAUGCUACCUCCAAUUUUAUAAGAUGAUCAAAACUAUCCUUAUUAAUUUAAUGAAGAUGAUUUUGAAGAUGAAGAAACGUAUCACAUCAAUAAUUUUGAUGAAAUUGAAAAAGAACUUGAAACAUUUUACUUACACAAAAUUUGA